CUUUGAACUGACACAGCAAAGUCUCCAGGUCUGAAACAGAUGUUUUUCCAGCCGCUCUGAAGCAGCGUUGCUUGCCGGAUCAAUGUCAUACCCAGGGGUUAGCGGUCCACCGCAGCCGUCUAAGAGGACUCGCUACUGAUGAAAUGAAAUGCUUAGAGAAGCAUGAGAUGCAGGGCUUUUCCUGAUGUUUUGUCACAGCUAGUGUGGUUAGUGAAUUACCACAGCUCAGUGCAACGUUGCUUUGCACCGCUGCAACUUUCUUCAGAGCAAAAGAUUGGUGAAACCCUCUGAUUUCCCUCUGAUUGCAAGCUGGUGUGAAGACUGGAAUGAUUUGCCUGCUGGAAGGAUGUUGACUCUAGAGUGGGAGUCGGAGGGACUGCAAACAGUGGGUAUUGUUGUGAUUAUAUUUGCAUCUCUGAAGCUGCUUCAUUUGCUGGGACUGAUUGAUUUUUCAGAAGGUUUCCUCUACGCUCAGAACAGUACCAAACGCAGCAUUAAAGAGCGACUUAUGAAGCUCUUACCCUGCUCGGCUGCCAAAACGACAUCUCCUGUUACUCAAAACACUGUAGAAGAUGAAAUGGAAAUGGCCACAGUACGACAUAGACCUGAAGCUCUGGAACUGCUGGAAGCACAGAGUAAAUUCACAAAGAAGGAACUUCAGAUCUUAUAUAGAGGUUUCAAGAAUGAAUGUCCCAGCGGUGUUGUCAAUGAAGACACCUUCAAAGAAAUUUACUCUCAGUUCUUUCCACAGGGAGAUUCCACAACUUAUGCACAUUUUCUGUUUAAUGCAUUUGACACUGAUCAUAAUGGAUCGGUAAGUUUUGAGGAUUUUGUUAUGGGUCUCUCAAUUUUACUCCGAGGGACAGUACAGGAGAAACUGAACUGGGCUUUCAAUUUGUAUGAUAUAAAUAAGGAUGGAUAUAUAACUAAAGAGGAAAUGCUUGAUAUCAUGAAAGCAAUAUAUGAUAUGAUGGGGAAAUGCACUUAUCCUGUUCUCAAGGAGGAUGCACCUAGACAACAUGUGGAAACAUUCUUCCAGAAAAUGGACAAAAACAAAGAUGGAGUAGUUACCAUAGAUGAAUUCAUUGAGAGCUGCCAAAAAGAUGAAAAUAUAAUGCGCUCCAUGCAGCUCUUCGAAAAUGUAAUUUAAUGAAGAUGUUAGAAGCUCAGCAACUAAUGGACAAAUAAGAGCUAUUCUGCAACAUUACCUAAAAGAUGGAUUUCCCAUGUUUAUCAUAAAUAAAACUACUCAGUUUACACUGAGAUAUGUAUUAUGCAAAUAAGCCUUUUAUUAUUCUGAAGCCCCCCCCCCCGAUUUUCCAAUUGUUAAAAUUAUAUGAUUUAUCACUUCAACAGUGGUUACUUAGUUAAAGAAGAUUGUUAUAAAAAGUCAGCUUUCUACUCCAAAGCCAGACAAAGUAGGACCUGACAUUAUAGAGCUUUAUUAUCAUUUCAACCCCUAGAUAAAAUAGAUACCACCACAAGGAGAUUAAAAACUGCUAGUUUUGCUACUCAUUUGUACUGGAUUCAGCUCCAGAUGUUUGACUGUAUUUCUUAAAUGUUAGCUUCUAAUUUAUACAGAGGCAUUAC